UUUGCGUUCACCUCCAUGCGCUGUUUCAGAAUCAUCAAGACUCACGAUUGAUGCGUGGUGCUCGCACUUCACCUGGCGCAGCACAGAGGCUCACAGACUGCGCGGUUGCGUCUGGGACGCAGGCGGGCGCGCCAUCACAAUCAUCCUGACUGGCUGCCUUCAGCCCUUGGUAGUCUGCAUCGUGUCGAUGCCAACAGAGAAGGGAGUGAAAUGAAGAUGACCUGAAAGCGACUUGAAAAGAUCAUCCAAGGUCGAAGUCAACAUCAACAUCGCACUCCAGCUCAAAGGUUCUUCAAGAUGCCCUUUGAAGCAGGUCUUGAACUCUAUCGCUGGCUCAAGCCCUCUCGGUCUGGCCAAGAAGAGGUUCCGCCAAGAGCUCAAAGUCUACGUCUACCUCAAGAUGUGCUCUGGGAGGUGGCAGAGCAUUCAGACUUUCAAACCUUGCUGAAUUUGGCCCUGACCAAUCGCUCCACUCUCGAUAUGUUGAGUGCUCGACUUUCCAGCUAUCACUACACCACGGACGGCGACGUGCUUGCGGCCAUACCCGUGCAGAAUCGCAGACACGUAAAAGACCUCAUCGUCUAUCCGCGACUACAUCGUGAAUCCGAUCACAGUUGGCACAGUUGGCGCAGGCGCGAAUGGGACAUGGGUGACCAAAAUUUGCUCAUUCGAGAUUUGGCCUCGCAGCUUCGGCAUCUCACCAGCUUGAGGAACUUGCGCGUAUAUGGUGGAGAGCUGCGCGAGUCAUUCUGGAGUUUGUUGACAGCAGCGCCACAAUUAGAGGUCAUGAGGAUCGUGGGAGGAUCUCCUCUGUGGCCACUUCUCAGCCCACCGGUAGGUGCCAUGCUCUCGUACCGCUCUCUCGCUGUCCUUGUCGCUGCAUCGACUGAGGCGUUGUCAUGGCCGACUCUCAGAAAGAAGAGGCAAGUGUAAGAUUCAACUUGCGUUGCCUCGAAAUCGACAUUCUUCGCGCCCCUCGGGACGUUAGUAUCCUUCAAAAUCCUGGAUUGAUGGACGAAGUGCGCUCUUGUAUCGCGAAUCUUGUCCUGAAGGUGCGGCUAGAAGAGUUUCGGCUCAGCAUCGCUCAUAGCUUGCGCCGACCCGACGCUUUGCGUAUCAUUGCGCCUUUGGCCGGAGCCACUUGGCGUGAGUACUCAGCGUGAAGAGCCCUGUACUUAUGAGGAGGUCGAUCUGAUGUGGCUCACGUAUCGGUCAAUCUUGAGCAGCUUUGA